UUUGGGAAACGCUACGGCCACGACGAUCCCGAGUUCAGGACUCUCCUGAAAAGAGUGGAUAAGUUUGGCGAAACUGUUGGCGCUGGAAGCCUGGUGGACGUCAUGCCUUGGCUGCAGUCGUUUCCGAAUCCGGUCCGAAGCGUUUAUCAAAACUUCAAGCUCAUUAAUGAAGAGUUCUUCGCUUAUGUGAAGGACAAAGUGGUGCAGCAUAGAGACACGUACGACCCUGAAGUCACCCGUGACAUGAGCGAUGCAAUCAUUGGUGUAAUUGAGCACGGGAAACAGAGCAUGCUGACUAAAGACUUUGUUGAGUCUACAGUCACUGAUUUAAUCGGUGCAGGACAAGACACGAUGUCAACAGUCAUGCAAUGGAUACUUCUGCUUUUAGUCAAAUACCCAUCAAUCCAAACCAAACUCCAAGAGCAGAUUGAUAAAGUAGUAGGUCGUGACAGACUCCCAUCAAUAGAAGACAAGAGCAACCUGGCCUACCUGGAUGCCUUCAUCUACGAAACCAUGCGCUACACCAGCUUCGUCCCCGUCACCAUACCGCACUCCACCACCUCAGACGUCACCAUCGAAGGUCUCCACAUCCCCAAAGACACCGUGGUGUUCAUCAACCAAUGGUCCGUCAACCACGACCCUCAAAAGUGGCAGGAUCCUCACAUCUUCAACCCGUCGAGAUUCCUAGACGAGACCGGAGCUCUAGAUAAAGACCUGACUAACAGCGUGAUGAUCUUCUCGACAGGUAAGAGACGAUGCAUCGGUGAGCAGAUUGCCAAAGUGGAGGUUUUUCUGUUCUCUGCCAUCCUUUUGCACCAGUGCUCGUUUGAGAGCAACCCCUCUCAGGAUCUCUCCAUGGACUGCUCGUAUGGUUUAACACUGAAGCCGCUCCAUUACACGAUCUCGGCGAAGCUCAGAGGAAAACUUUUUGGCUUGGUAUCGCCGGCAUGAGUAUAAAUAAAUAACCAGCUUGUUAUUGUGACUAAAGGCCAGCAGAGACUGAACAUAUUACAAAUGUAUUCCACAUAACGAGUAUUAGUAAAGCUGCACUGAAUGCUGUUUAGUAAUUGUAUAUUUAAUAUUUAUACACGUUUGCAAUGAUUCACAUCCAUAGAAUAUGUUGUCAGGUAACUGAAGAGAUUCUUCAGCUCUUAACAGUAAUGUUUUAAUUGCUUUAUGUUUAUAAAACGCCAUCUAUGCUUCAAAAUAAUGUUAGAAGGACUGCAAUAUGAAAAGUUUAUGGUCCAAUGCUAAGCCACUAUCACUGUAGACAUAUCAGUUAUUAUGUAAUAUUAUGCAAUUGUUUGUAGAUCGUGUUGAGUCAUGUUAAUGGGCAGCAGCUGUUGGAGAACUUUUACUUCCUAUGAGCUCGACUCAGAUUGGCAUCGCAGUGCAUUUAAUUAUGCUUGCAUAAAACUGUAUAACAAUGUGAUUAUGUACUUCAGGUGUUUUAAGUAUUAGGCAUUUAAGCAUUUACUUAUACCCAUUAUACAACUGUUUAUAUAAAUUAUAUUCUUUAUAAAAUGCAUAUAAAUUUGAGAUUCUUAAGAGUCAUUUGUUGAAAUAACAGUAGUUUUAGUGACAUGCCAAUUUGCAAUCAAUGCUUUGCUGAGUCUGUUCUAUUGCUCAGCGAAUCACACAAUGAAGUCUUAAGCAUCACGCUGGAUGAACUAUCAGCUUCCUCAUUAUGUCAAUUUGAAGGUUCUCCCACAUGCACAAAACAAAUCCUCAAAAUCAUGUAUAAAACCAGCAGCAUAAAUUAGAGCUACUAACUCAAGAUGUACUCCUAUAUCACAUUGCAUUUAUUAUGAUAAAUGUUUACACUGAAUGUUUUGCAAGCUCUGUAACUGAAGUGCAUGUAUUCAGGAAUACAGCUUUUUUGAAAGAAAAAAAAACUAGAUUUUUUUUUAUGUUCAGGUAUUGUUUUAAAUGUUUUCUUUGUACUAUUGGAAAAUAAGCUACAAGUGGAAUAAAUAAAGUGCUGUUUUACAACCUGUG